CUUCUCUGAUGGCGCCCAAAUUUUAGAGUACUGCAACUUCUCGGGUCCUUACUCCUUACAUUACAUCGCUACAUCAACGUUCGUACAAUUUAGAAUCUCGUGUAUUAGUACUGCCCGCAAUCAAAAUGCCUAGAACCUCUGGUAAAAAUAACAAGCGUAAGAAGGUGUCCAGUGCAGAGGAAGAAUCUGGAAGUGCCAGCUCUUCUGACAGUGGACCUGAAGAUAGGAAUCCUCCACCCAAAACGGAGGCUGCCAAAUCUAAAAAACCUGCAGCAGCAACUGCUUCAGGGGCAGCUAAGAGUGUUCAGCAAUCUGAAGACGCUGAGCCAUCAUGGAAUCUGGAUAAGCAACGUGUUCUGAAAGUCCGAUCUUGGAGAGGAAAAACAUUCAUUGAUAUUCGUGAAUAUUAUGAAAAAGAUGGAAAGCAGUUGCCAGGGAAAAAGGGGAUCAGUUUGAAUAGCACUCAAUGGAGCAAGUUGAAGUCAAUAAUUUCAGAAGUUGAUGAAGCAUUGGAAGCAAUUUAAAUGGAUACAAGAUUUCCUAAAGCAUUGAUUGUAUUCUUUGAAAAUAUCAUAAUCCAGAAAUAAAUGUGAAGCAAAGAAAUAAAAUAAAAACAAUGA